GUUGGGAAAAUGUACUAAGGAAAAAGGUUUAUUUUUAAAAUCGCUCUCUACGACGUCGCACGCUUUUGCCGCUCCGCCGGUUCUGCUCGUUUUCUCAUCGCACACCAUCCUGCAACAGCCACACACACUCUCGCCAAACAGACGCGACCAAAAGAAAACAAAAUCAAAAUCGACGCAAACAAGGAAUAACUUUUGAUAUUCCAAUUGUGAAUGCUUCGUAGUUUGUGCAAAUAAAAAAUAUUAACAAAAAGGAAAACACCGCAACUAUUUUUGUGCAAUUUGUGUUGCUCUGUGUCGAAAGAGUUGAUAAAAGAAAAGCAGCAAUAAAUCAAAAAAUCUGUACGUGUGUUAUACACACCUAAGUGUCCUGUAGAAGGACUUCGGAUUCAUUUAAGCCACCCGCUGUUUCCACGGACUGAGGAUUAUUCCCAAUUGCCACAUUUAAACAACAUCGCAAUAAAACAACAGGAACACACACUAUAUUGUGUGGUCGCGAUUUGAACAUCAGAAUUCCCGAAGAGUUCUCUAAACGAUCUUGAAACAUCCACAAGAUGGGCGAACUCGAAGAGAAGGAAACCCCGCCCACUGAGACGACAGCCGCCCAGCAAGAAGCGCUUGAGGAGCCCAAGGAAACGGACAAAAUGCUGGAUAAAAAAGAAGACUGCAAGGAGAAGACACCCAGUCCGCAGUCCUCCAAGCCAGCAUCUCCCAAUGCUGGCAAGAAAUCCUCACCUGUGCCGGAAAAGAAAAACGGUGAUGAUGAACCUGAGAAGUCGAAACCAGGAAAUGGAGAAGAGAUUAUUGAUAUUCCCGCCGAAAAUGUCACAAAACCCGAGGGCUCCGAUGAAAAGAAGAUCAGCAAGGAGGAGCGCGAGGUAAAGCCCAAGAAGAUCCCGAUUGGAGGUCUCAAGCUGCCCGGUUUCUUCAUGAAGAACAAGCCCAAAGCGGAGGGUGAUGGUGCUGAAGGAGAGCUCCUCGAGAAGGAGGAGGAAAAGGAUAAGGAAGCCAACGGCGAUGCCGCCACUGUCUCCGGCAAGGAUGAGCAGAAAUCUCGUCCAGGACUGGGCGAGCGUCUGCGCAGCUUCUUUGCCCGCAAACCAUCCGCCGAGAAGGAAAAGAAACAGUUGGUCAACGGAGAUGCUGAUGCCAAGUCGGAAGCCACGGCUGAAGCUACACCCGCUGAUGAAGCCUCAGAUCCACCUCCAAAACGUGGACUUCUAAACGCCAUUAAACUGCCCAUUGCCAAUAUGAUACCGAAGAAGAAGAGCAGCGACGAUGUCGAACUGGGUUUGGGCAAGGCCGGUCUGGCCUCUAUGGAGACCCUUGAUGAUUCCCUUAAGGAUCAGGAUACCGUCGAUCGGGCUCCCGUUAAGACCAACGGCACCGACGAGCUGAAGGGCGAGCUCAAGGACGAGAAGCUGGCGGCGGAGGAAAAACUGGCCGCCGAGGAGGAGGAGCAGAACCGACCCAUCUCCCUGCUGACUCGCCUGCGUGGCUACAAGUGCAGUGUGGAUGAUGCCCUAAUUGUGUUUGGCAUCCUGCUGUUUGUCCUCCUGCUGGCCGUGAUUGGUUAUGUGCUGACCCACGAGACGUUAACUUCGCCGCCUCUGCGCGAGGGACGCUAUAUCAUGGCAGUGACGAGCUGCGGACCUGUGGAGGGUGUGAAGGAAGACGGAGCCUUCGCCUUCCGUGGUAUUCCAUAUGCGAAGCCACCUGUGGAAGGGCUGAGAUGGAAGCCGGCCGAAUUGAUUGACGACAUCAAUAUGUGCUGGAACGAUACCUUGCAAACACACAACAGCAGUGUGGUGUGCACGCAGAGAUUGGGCAAUGGCACAACCGUGGGAGACGAGGACUGCCUCUAUUUGGAUGUGGUCACUCCCCAUGUGCGCUACAACAAUCCCCUGCCAGUGGUGGUCCUGAUUGGCGCCGAAUCCCUGGCUGGACCAUCGCCGGGAAUACUCCGUCCAUCGGCUCGCUAUUCACGUUCCCACGAUGUGAUCUUUGUACGACCCAAUUUCCGUUUGGGUCUCUUCGGCUUCCUCGCUCUGGAUGCGUUGACCAAGGAGGCACAUCCACCCACCUCCGGCAACUAUGCGCUCACCGACAUCAUAGCCGUGCUCAACUGGAUCAAGCUGAACAUUGCCAACUUUGGAGGUGACCCGAAAUCCGUCACUUUGCUGGGACACCGUGCCGGAGCCACUCUGGUUACUCUUUUGGUUAACUCUCAGAAGGUCAAGGGUCUCUACACCAGGGCAUGGGCUUCAUCCGGAUCGGCCAUUCUGCCUGGAAAACCAUUGAGCGAGUCGAGCAAACUUAACCAGCAGCUUAUGGCCACCCUUGAGUGUGGGGAUGUGCAGUGCCUGCGCGAGGCAUCCACCGAGCGACUGUGGGCCGCCACUCCCGACACCUGGUUGCACUUCCCCGUGGAUCUGCCGCAACCCCAGGAGGCGAAUGCCAGCGGCAGCCGUCACGAGUGGUUGGUUCUCGACGGAGAUGUGGUCUUUGAACAUCCUUCUGAUACCUGGAAACGCGGACAGUCCGCAGACAAGCCACUGCUGGUGAUUGGCGCCAGUGCCCAUGAGGCGCACACCGAGAAGCUCCGCGAAUUGCACACGAAUUGGACGCGCGACGAGGUGCGAGCUUAUCUGGAGAACUCCCAGAUUGGUGCAAUGGGCCUCACCGAUGAGGUGCUCGAGCAGUACAACGCCAGCAGCUAUGCGUCGCUGGUUGCCAUCAUCUCGGACAUACGCACCGUUUGCCCGCUGCUAACGAUUGCGAGACAGCAGCCGACUGUGCCGUUCUACGUCGUCACCCAGGGCGAGGGACCGGAUCAGCUGGCCACCGUGGACGCCGAUGUGCAGGCCAUUCUGGGUCGCUACGAGCCACACACCGUGGAGCAGCGCCGUUUCGUUUCGGCCAUGCAGCAACUAUUCUACUACUAUGUGUCCCAUGGAACGGUGCAGUCGUUCGUCCAGAACCGUCGGGUCAUUAAUGUGGGCCAGGAUGCGCAGCCGCAGGAGGACUACUUGCACUGCAACUACUGGAUCAGCAAGGACAUAGUGCCGCGAUAUGCGCGCGUCGAUUAAGCGAACCAAAAUCCCAAAAGCUAAUCUUUCUCACCUGUCUUUAGCCGCCUGGGGAUCGAUUAAUCUCAUUCAGCUUUGUUGCUACUUCCAUUUUUAUCAAAUUUAAAGCUUAUCUACUUUCAUAAUAUUAACUUAAGCUUCAAAAAUUCAAUUCAAUUCUAAGCUUUUUCGAAUCUUGGACUUAAAUUCUAUAGCACCAGAUUUCUUUAAAUUUAAUAGGAAUCGAAUGUGGUAUCAAAGCUUCGUUUUCCCGACUUCGUUUCGAGUUUAGUUUAGCCUAAGUGAAUCUAGUGUUUAUAUAUAUAUAUAUAAAGAUAUGUCUUUCGGAUUACUGUAUAUUUAGUUCUCGUACAGUUUAAGCUAAAAGUCUUUUAAGUAACGCUGACUCCAUACGAUUCUUCAUACGAAUACGUAUUCUCUAAUCUUAACAUUAACAAACACAAAAACACACAGACACAAAACAGCAAAAACACAAAUAAAACAUCACAAAAUAUACAAAAUUAUACUUGAAAAGUAUAGAUCUGCGUCUUUCAACUAUCCAACACACUAAUCUAUAUACUAUACUAUAAACAAUAUACAACUAUAUAGGAGUAAAUGCCAGAGAGGUUUUUGAAUUACCAAAAAAACAGAAAACCCGCAAACGACCAACGACGAAACUUUUUUGAUAUAAAUUU